AUGCGGAUCUCGUCCCUAGCCACCAUCCCGAGCCUCGCCACCGCGACCAACGUCGAGAACCAUUACAGCUACGAAUUAUACGGAGGGAGCUUCAGCCUCUUUGCACAGGCCGGCUACCUCCCAGGGGCGCCCGAGCUCGAAGUCAGCUGCGCCGCGUCCGCCAUCAGCGCGGACCACUACAUCGACGACGCGACGGGCGAAUUGCGCCCUCCCACCGUGCCGUGCACGUGGGAGCACCCGCAGCCCGUCGAGUCCUGGGCCACGAUCCAUUUCAACUUCACCGCCAAGACCUACACGGUCAAGCACACCUUCGUCGGCGCCAGCGGGAUGAACGACACGGCCGCGGGCACCUCGGGCUACCUGAGCUCCGUUAACAACGACUUCGACAUCCCAGUUACUGAAUUCGCUUGA